UUCGGAUACUGUUUUUUGAGACGCAAAUCAAACACUCCCUAAAUGAUUCAAAAAACAGUAGGGAGAAUAAAACAUCAAUUUCUGGCACUAUCAAACAAUCUUUUGCAGCAAAAUUUCAUAAGCUCUGUUGUGCUCUUCCUAUAUAAACACCAAACAAGCUCCUCCGUUACGUAAAAGAGCUCUCCACCCCUCUUCACCCCAAUCACCCUCUCUCUCUCUCUCACACACACACACACGCACCCCUAAACAUGAGAGGUUUAAGUUUAAGAAGACUUACAUUUAUGGUUUCCAUUGCCUUCAUUGUUUGGUGCUCCAGCAUUGAUACUUGCAGUGCCAGGAGAGGAAUGCAUUGGAGGCAAAGCAGAAGUGCUUCAACUUCUCUGUACAAGAAGAAAGGAAAGCAUCAAGACAGUAGUCAGCAUCACAGCAAUGGUAGUAAAUCAAAACCAAAAGCUCCACCACCAAAUGCACCAUCACCUCCACCUCCUAAACCCAAAGAAGAAAUCCCACCAACCCCACCAAAUAAUGGUUACAACCAUGGUCCUUCAACUACCUUUGACGUGUUAGAUUUUGGUGCAAAGGGGGAUGGAAUUACCGAUGAUACCAAGGCAUUCCAGGAUGCAUGGGCAGCUGCUUGUAAGGUCGAGGCAUCAACGGUCAUCGUUCCAUCAGAUUUCGAGUUCCUUGUGGGACCCAUUUCAUUCUCUGGUCCUUACUGCCAACGAAAUAUUGUUUUUCAGCUUGACGGCACCAUAAUUGCUCCAACAAACUCCAAAGCUUGGGGUUCAGGGACAUUACAAUGGCUUCAAUUUACAAAACUGGUAGGGAUCACAAUUCAAGGAAAAGGCAUCGUUGAUGGAAGAGGCUCAGCUUGGUGGCAAGAUUCCCCACUUGAUGAUCCUAUAGAUGACGAAGCAAAACUACUUACCAAGUUGGAACAAAAUCCACCGACUCCGAUAAGCACUUCAUUGGCUGGAAAAAUGCCAAGCAUCAAGCCAACUGCACUAAGGUUUUACGGGAGUCUUAACGUGACAGUCACGGGCAUAAAAAUCCAAAACAGUCAACAAUGCCAUCUCAAGUUUGACAACUGCAUAGGAGUUUCGGUUUACGAUAUGAGUAUCUCAUCUCCUGGAGAUAGCCCCAAUACAGAUGGAAUCCACUUACAGAACUCCAAGGAUGUGCUUAUCCACAGUACAAACCUUGCUUGCGGAGAUGACUGUGUUUCUAUACAAGCUGGAUGCACAAAUGUAUACAUCCGCAAUGUGAAUUGUGGACCAGGACAUGGAAUCAGCAUUGGAGGGCUUGGAAAAGAUAACACCAAAGCUUGUGUCUCGAACAUCACUGUUCGAGACGUCAUGAUGCAAAACACAAUGAAUGGAGUCAGGAUAAAAACAUGGCAGGGUGGCUCAGGAUCAGUGCAAGGAGUACUGUUCUCGAACAUACAAGUUUCUGAAGUCCAAUUUCCAAUUGUAAUUGAUCAAUUCUAUUGCGACAAAAGCAAAUGCAAGAACCAAACAUCUGCCGUGGCUCUAUUAGGAAUCAACUAUGAGAAGAUAAGAGGAACGUACACAGUAAAACCUGUGCACUUUGCAUGUAGUGACAGCAUGCCAUGUUCGGAGGUAACCCUAACUACCAUAGAACUAAAACCAUUGCAAGAACAGUACCACCUGUAUGAUCCAUUCUGUUGGCAGACUUUUGGAGAGCUGUACACCCCCACAGUCCCUCCCAUUGAUUGUUUACAAGUUGGCAAGCCGUCAAAUAACUGGAUUCAGGCUGUACAUGAUUCAUGUUCAGCAUAGCCUAGGUAUAUUCUGGUGUAUUUCAGAUGUGUGGUUGGCGCGUUUCCUGACCCCAUUCACUCCAAUACCCGGUUAGGUAAGGAUUGCAUACCUUAGUAAAUUCUUCUCUACUAGGACUAGAUAGUUUACCUUGUGUGGGAGUGUACAUACAUUUUUAGUAUCUAAGAGUUUGCUAGUAAGGUAUAAAACAGCCCUCUAUGGAAACUGUCUCAAUGUUCAAUAUAUAUACAACUCAAUUGCUAGAUGUCCAAUAAAUAAAUCACCAUUUCAACACAUCUAAAUCUCACUGCCAAAAGAGAAUAUACAAAUAUGAUGACACUGUUGUGUGACGGUUCCUCUAUUGGUGAUGGAAAAUGACAAGAACAGGUUUAAUAUGUUUCACAAAUAAUAAAUGCCAAUUGCUUCAUAUUUCACAGGAAUCAACAGAGUACAAUUGAUAAUUUAUUGUAUACAAUGUGACAAGUUGCUUACGAAGGAAGGAAUCAAUAAUGGCACAAAAAAGAAUGACAACAUACACUUGAGUCUGAAGCAUCAAAACUGGACCAGACUCAGAAUCGGGUCAAUGUUUCAUUGGUUCAAACGUCAGGUCAACUGUUUGGACCAGUUGCAUAAUAAAAAAUAAAAUAUAUUAUUAACAAUGAUGAAUAUACCAAAAAAUUUGAAUAGAUAUAAAAAUAACAUUUUUUAUGCUAUAGUAGAUCAAAUAAGAACACAAAAAAAAAUUGGAAAAUUACCAGAUUGACAUAAAUAGUAAUGUUGUGAUGACAAAAAAAAAAGGAUAAAAAAGAUUGAAAGAAAGUUAUAAAGCAAUAAGAGAAGACUAACAUUACACUGCUAACAAUGUAUCCCACAUCGGAAAACAAUUGCAAAAAAGAUGCACUGUGCUUUUAUAUAAAAUAAACCAAAGCUUGUCAGUUGGAGAAGUGUGGCCCUGGCUUAACAGCCUCAUGCCAGCCAAGCAUUAGUUUAGAAGUUUUAUUCCAAAGCAAAAGGUGACACGCUUGGAUUGGUUGAACUGUUCGAUUUACACUGGUUUUAUUAAAGUUUGUCCAGUUCAAUUAGGUUUUUAGCGGUUUGAUUACUUGAGCGAUCCAAUCCUACAACCGGCCCGGCUUAGGGUCUAGUUCACCGGCCGGUCCAAUCCGUUUCUAUCAAGAGAAUAUCAAGGCAGAGCUACAGCAGGCAAGAUGCAGGAUACACAAGUCCGUGCACUUAUCAUUAUUAUAGACAAUCAAAUUCAGGAUCCAAAACUUAAUACUUCACCUGGUUAUUGUCCCCCUUACCAUUCUUCCAGGCGGUUCAAAGUAAAUGAGACCCUCCAUAAUUGCCCUUGGACUCAGUUGGAGCCUCCCUUUUUAACCAGCUCUCAGCAAUCACUCAGAUCCAUAGUGCUCCCAUCUCCAUACAUUGUGCGACAACUUGAUAAUGGCCCAACCCUUGAGAGACCAUUAGUAGAAUACACAGAUUGAAUGAUGGAAAUGAUCCGCAGAGGCAUGAAAAACUAUAGGUUGAGAAUCUAACACCCAAAUCCUGGGAA